CAUGCGAUGUGAAUAUUCUGUGAAUGUUUUUUUGCAAUUUUCUCCGUAAAUAUUGUAUUUACCAAGCGUUUUGCCAAUGCUGAACUUCCAAAACGGAAGUGAAAUAAAAAUAUAUAAAUGAAAUAGUGCAAAAUGCAGUUGAAAAUGGCCAGCGACUCUGAUAUAAACAAUCUGCCGUUAUUAAUGAUUCCAUAUAAAACAAGACAAAUGUUAUCGUGCCUGUUGAAUACUAAAAAAAUUAUACCUAGCGAUGGACCUGAUAAGCUGCCAAGAGACUGGCGCGGCUUAGCGUCGCUGGUUGGAAUAUCAUCACAGGAAGCUGGUUCCAUCCACCAGUGUAGCAAUAAGACUGAUAAAGUACUAGAGAUAUGGCAGAGAAACGGGUCUCCGACUGUUGGCCAACUUCUAGAAUUUCUGCAGCGUUUGGACAGAUUUGAUGUACAUGAUGAUGUGAUAGAUGAUCUGAGGAAACAUAUAAGCAGAGGAGAAUUAACUGUAAAUCAGCCAGCAUUUGAAGGAGGACAAGUUGCAAUUAAACACAAUGAUAUAAUCUCCAAUGAAGAUGUGUAUGUUCCUAUAACGAUUGAUGAUGAUGAAGGCUAUGAGCAGCAUUAUGAUGCGUUUGUUCUGUAUGCUGAUGAGGACAGGGAAUUUGUCGAGGAAAUGAUUAAUAGACUCGGAGGAAUGUUUCAGAUAUGCACUAAAGAGAAGUUAUUGCCUAGCCACUCUACAGAAUAUGCUCCUGUGGCUCAGCUGAUCUCGCAGAGAUGCCAGUAUAUCAUAUUAGUCUACUCACCGGCCUUUCUGAGAAGUCCGGCCAAUACUUUCUACCGGGAUUAUGCACAGGCUAUUAGUAUCGAAUCAAGGAAUCGCGUCUUCGAACACAAGUUGAUACCUAUAGUGUACCAACAUUGUGAGUUACCAGUUCACCUCAAGUACUACACCAACUUAAAGUACACGACAUCAGCCACUUUCAACUUCUGGGACAAACUCAAACAGUCACUGAGACAACACAGAAUUAUUCCCAGGCUAGACGGUGCCACGUCCAGUCGCUCCGCAUUAAAUAUAGUCGAGUUGACCAACUCAAACAACUUGGCCAAUUCACACAACUUGGCCACCGAGUUCAGAUCGGAGAGCCACUUCUUUCGAACCCCCGACCACAGCAUCGUCCCAAACGGUCACGACUCGAACUCGGCCAGGAGCGAAGAUACCUUGUCCUGGAGUGGCGACUACAGCCAGGCCAGCGACGGCGUCGAAAGGAUGAAGAAUCUGGGCAGAAGAUUUAUGAAAGUUCUCAAAAGGAAAAAAACCUAAAUAUGUACUAUAGAUAUUUUUGAUAUGAAUCAAUGAUUUUCUGACGUUCAUAAUUUGUGUAAGUAACUAAUGAUUUAGUUUUUUCGAGAGGUUUUACGAAUUUUAAACAUUACUCAUGAUCUUUUAAAGAUUUUAUUUCGUAUUUGUUUUGUUAAUUGUAUAUUUUCUUGAUAUCUACAGAUCUUUCAUGGCUGAUACGAAUUUCUUUUUUUAUUGCCCUUGUAGGCUGACAAGCAUAAGGCCCAUCUGAUGGUGAGUGGUUACAGGCGCCCAUGGACUUCAGCAAUGCAAGGGGCAGAGCGAAGCCGCUGUCUGCCGUUAAAUUUUUUAUUAGUUAUUUUUAUUAGUGUAAAAGUGUUUUUAUUGAUUAAUUAUGUUCAGACACGUACUUUAUAUAUAAAUCCGGUUACCCGGAUUCACAACUAAAAUGAGCAUUAAAAAUUUUAUUGGGCCGAUAAUAAAUAGUCCAUAACAUUUUUUAUUUGAUCGCUGUACAAACAAGUCAAAUAGAUAAAGAGAUAUGUGUUCAUCGCUUACUUAUUUUAUUUUAAAUAAUUGAAACAGUUACUUUUUUUAGAACCAUAUUGAAAAAAUUUCAUUUUAUAAAUUUUAGGUGACUAACUAACUUUAAUAGAUUUUUUCAAUAAACCUUCAUAAGUAUGCUGUCUCAUACUCUCACAGGCUAAGCCCUAUAAAUGUUUAUCUAUGACAAUCUCACAAAGGAGCUGAAUAUUGACCAAUACUAACCAUUAAGGUUCCCGUCCUACCGUUUUCUUAACAUCACCAGCAUCUGUCUAUUAUCUUAAAGUUUUACGAUUAUUUCGGAAAAACUUCUUUUAUAUUUUGACCGCAUACUGUCAAGUUCUUUAAUUUAUCGAAAACGUCAAAAAGAAUCUAGUGAUGGGUAUUGAGGUUCGCGGGGAUCCGCUGGAUGCAGGCAGCGCAGGACCGGUCUUUGUGGCGAGGUUUGGGGGAGGCCUAUGUCCAGCAGUGGACGUCCAUGGGC